UGGGAACAAACAACACCAAUAAUUUCGAAAAAACAAGAAAAACCAAAAGCAAAAUUACAAAUGAGCCACCAAAGCCUCCUCUUUCCAUUCUCUUCCCCAACAAUCAAAAACGGAAAGGCCACAAUAUUCUACAUUUCCCAUAAUCACUAACUUUUCCCCGUUGGGUUGAUCAUUAUCAAUGAAAAAAAAGCUCAUAAAUUCCUGGCCGUCCGAUUAGAUGACUUAUGUCGCCGGCCUUCAUUGACUCUUCUGGAGCUCCGCCUCGCGCCACCACUCAAAACCCUAACGGUCAGAUUUUUCUCACCUCAUUUUCUUCUUCAUUUGAAUUUUUCGAUAGUAAAAGAAAUAUUUAUAAGACUAGUGCAAUUUCUGCUUCCUCGGAUACGAUUAAUCCAAUGGACCCUAAUUUCGGGUUCAAUUCUCCGGCAUUGGGCCCCACCAAGCCCGGUGAACUGUCGUCUAAGGCGGCUCCUCGGAUUACCCGGCGGAAGAAAGCCAUGCCAGCCCAUCAUCUCCGCUCAACGGGAGAUGACCCGGGUGUUAAUCCCUUUCGACCCGUAUCUGAAAUGAGUUCCGGGUCGGGUUUUCUUAAUUCGGGUCAUUUUGAUCUGAGAAGUGAUGCAUUUGCAUUUGGGGGCAGUAGAAUUGGUAGUAGUGACGGUAAUUUAUUUUCGAAUUCGAGAUUGGAUAGUUUUAUGGAGAAGAAUGAAGUAGCUGAUGAAAUUAUGAACUUGAGAAUUGGAAAAGAAAGAAGUGUGAAUUUGGGUGGAAAUGUGAAGAAAACGAGUGCGGAUAUUGAUGAGACGGCUGAGUGUGAUUUGCCAGAUUAUAUGAGACAGUUAAAUAUCGAGAAUGAUGGAAAGGUUAGGAGUUUCAGGGAAGAGCUCCAGAAUGAAUUGAAGAAAUUGAAUAUUAAAGAGAGUCUAAGUAAGAUUAAUUCUCAGAGCUUUGCUAAUCAGGGAAGUUGUGGAAGCUCAGAGACUGUUCCUCGUGAUAACAUGGAAAAUUUUAAGAUCGAAGAGUCACUGAGUGGUCGAGAGAAUAAAAAAAUCGAUAGUGGCUUAGGCCAAGAAGAUAAAAUGGGAAGUGGAAACUUGUCUUCAGUUACAGCAGAAUGUAAUCAGAAGCAGGCCCGAAAUUGGUCUGGUCCCAAGCCUGAUAAUGCUUCUGACUCGAUCCCUUCAGGGCUAAGUGAUAGUUUGAGUGAUAGUCAAGUGCGUUUGGAAGAUCAAAGUUGUACAACAUCGUCAUCGCCAUUUGUGGGCAGUGGUGUUCGUUUUGAUGGUUUUGGGAAUGCUGUUGAGGCUACAUUUCAGGAUAGAACUGAAAAGAAAGUUCAUUUUAGUUUUAGUAGCAAGUGGGAUGACAUGGGGAUGCAAAAUGUAGAGUUUAAAACACCGAAUAUGAUAGGAAACUUGAAUAGAAAAUUUGAAACAAAAAGGGAUUCGUCUAAAGCCACUAGAUCAAAGAAAAAGAAAGGGAAGUCAAAAAACCUCAAUCCAGUUCAGCUGAGUUCCACACAAGAUAUUAUCUUGGGGGAAAAUUUGCAGGAAAUUGAUGACUCUUGUGAACCGUAUUCUCCAAUGGAUAUUUCUCCCUAUCAGGAGACCCUGGCAGAGAGUAAUUUCUCAAGAGAAACUUCAGUAACAUCAGAAGAGACUCUCCAUGUUGAUGAUGAUUGUGCCUCAAAUGAGUCACGUCCAGCAGUUUCAAACGAUAUGACAGAUGAAGAACUGGUUGAUGCUGCAGAACGUCUGGAUAUAAAUGAUGAUGAAAAGUGCAAAGAGAAGGAAGAGGAAAAAUCUGCAUACUGUUUUGAUAAAGUAUUUAAUGCCGAGGGACCUUCUGAAGAGUCUAUAUCGGGGACCGAGACGGAAAGCUUCAAAUCUGCAACCGAACACUUAGACUAUAGCACUGAUAGCUUUGUGACUGCAGCUGAUACACUUGCCACAGGUUCGGAUACAGAAGUAAAUUCUGGCUUAGGGAUUGGGAAGCAGGAGGGUGAUGGGGACAGUCAUUUUGAUUUUGCUCCAAGAAUGGAAGAGAGUGGCCAGGGUAGUUUCAUCUUUGCUGCAUCUUCUGCUGCCCAAGGUCAAUCAUUGACAACAGCUCGUGCCUCCAAGAAGAAAAGUCGAUCAAAAGUUGGUCAAGAUUCACAUUGUUUGUCUCCAAAUAGCAGAGACUCGUACUCGUCAUCCCGUUUAGAUUAUUUUCCGGUCUCUGGAACGUGUGCACUUUCGUCCCCCAGGCAAGGUCGAAAAGGUGAUGCAUCUACCUUGUUGAACCAAACUGGUUAUAUUUCCGAGCCAGUUAAGAAACAGGAAUCCAAGGGAGAGAAUAACUCAAGUACAUCUGCCAGCAUAGUGGCCCAGGAAGCUUGUGAAAAAUGGCGACUCAGGGGAAACCAAGCCUAUGCAACUGGGGAUUUGUCUAAAGCGGAGGAUUUUUAUUCUCAAGGGGUGAACUCUGUUCCUGAAAAUGAGACAUCCAAGAGCUGUCUUAGGGCUCUGAUGUUGUGCUAUAGCAACCGUGCUGCAACUCGUAUGUCUCUUGGAAGAAUAAAAGAUGCUCUAGAAGAUUGUAUGAAGGCUUAUGCAAUAGAUCCCAGCUUCCUCAGAGUGCAAGUUCGAGCUGCAAACUGCUAUCUUGCCCUAGGGGAAGUUGAUGAUGCAUCAUUGCAUUAUAUGAAGUGCUUGCAAGCGGGGAGUGACGUCUGUGCGGAUCGAAAGCUUUUGGUAGAAGCAUCUGAGGGCCUAGAAAAGGCACAGAAAGUAUCAGAGUUCAUGAAGCAAUGCGCCGAAUGUUUGCAACAAGGAACGUCUGCUGAUGCGGAGACUGCAUUGGGUUUAAUUGAUGAGGCACUGAUUAUAAGUCCUUACUCAGAACAUUUACUUGAAAGCAAAGCUAAUUCUCUUCUUAUGCUACAGAGGUAUGAAGAUGUUAUUCAGUUGUGUGGUCAGAACCUUGGUGCCUUUGUAUCGAAAUUUGAUGUUUCUGACGCACAUAAGGACUCUCGUUCCUGGGUUUGGUGCUGUUCACUUGUUGUUAAGGCUCACUUUUAUGCUGGAAGGCUGGAGGAAGCUCUUGAAUUUUUGAGGAAGCAAGAGGAGUCACUCCCUGUCAUAGAGAAGGGUCAAAGCAAGAAUUUAGAAUCUCUCAUUCCUUUGGCUGGCACCAUACGUGAACUCUUACAUAAUAAGGGUGCAGGAAAUGAAGCAUUUCAAUCAGGGAGGCAUGCAGAAGCUGUACAGCACUACACUGCUGCUAUAUUAUGCAAUGUUGAGUCAAGGCCUUUUGCAUCAAUAUGUUUCUGUAAUCGAGCUGCUGCAUAUCGAGCUAUGGGUCAAUUUGCAGAUGCAAUAGCUGAUUGUAGCUUGGCUAUAGCCCUUGAUGGGAAUUACGUGAAGGCAUUCUCCAGACGUGCUGCUCUUUAUGAAUUGAUCAGAGAUUAUGGACAAGCAGCUCUUGAUCUACAAAGGCUUGUAUCUCUUCUCACCAGGAAAUUGGAGGAUAGAAUUUAUCAGUUGGCAUCAUCUGACAGAAUGAAAUAUAUAAAUGAGCUUAAGCAAGCUCAAAUAAAGCUUUCUCAGAUGGAAGAAGCUUCCAGAAAGGAAAUUCCCUUAAAUAUGUACCUCAUUCUGGGAGUUGAUCCAUCAGCAGCAGCAUCAGAAAUUAAAAAGGCUUAUAGAAGAGCUGCGCUCAAACAUCAUCCAGACAAGGCUGCGCAAUCUUUGGCUAGAAGUGAGAAUGGAGAUGAAGGGAUGUGGAAGGAAAUAGCAGAAGAAGUUCAUAAAGAUGCUGACAGGCUCUUCAAAAUGAUUGGAGAGGCAUAUGCAGUCCUUUCAGACCCUCUCAAGCGGUCACAAUAUGAUAUGGAAGAAGAGAUAAGAAAUGGUCAGAAUACAGGCAGUGGAAGAAACACAUCCAAAAUGCAUGCAGAUUUCCAGAAUUACCAGUUUGAGAGAGGUGGUGGCAGGUGGCAAGAGGGCUGGAGAUCCUAUGGGAGCUCCCAGUUUAGGAGUGCAGAAAGGAACCGAUCAAGCCGGUAUCCUUGAUACCUUUUAGAGGCUUCACAAUUGGAACUUAGAGCUGCUAGUCAAUUGACUUUACCUGAUGCCUUGUUACCACUGCUAUAACAUCUCGACAGUGUGUGGGUAGGCCAAGAGAUAGGUGAAAGGGUUAUAGCUGCUCCACGAGAUGGUCGAUAGACUAAGAUCUACAUCCAGUUUGGUUAUAGCUGCUCCACGAGAUGGCCAAGAUCUACAUCCAGUGUGGUUAUCAAACUUGAAAGCUUGAGUUCAUAAGCCACUUCAAGGCAUUAAAAGAAGUGAUCUUUUUGCUGAAUUUUGCCACCUAAAACCGAUGCUGCAGCUUUAUGCAUGUGCAUAUCUCCAUGAGAAUGAUGGUCGGGAUACUGUUGUCAUCAGUUUGUAUAGCAAAGAAGGAUGGUUUGUGAAUAUCUUAGUCUAGCAAAAAGAAUGGCAAAUCGCUACGUUCACCAAUGCAGUGGCAUGUUUUUACGCACGUACAGGAAGAUCUGAUGUCUUUGAACACUUGAAUUUCGAGUGAACUGUGAAAUACAAAUUUGACAAGAGUUCAACAAAAGGCUGGAGGACGGCCAUCUGACAGUGGACUGCAGACUGACUAUAUCUCUCUUUGAAGGCCAAGCACUAUAAUCCGACUUAAACAGAAUUGUCUCAGCAUGUUGCAUGUGUUUUCUUUUUGUAGUUAUGUGUCUUGAGGAAGCAUAUUGAUUUGUACAGCGGUUGCCAAUAUUGAUCAUUUGCAAAUUCGCUUGCUAGAGUGGAUUUUGUAAACGUAAAAAUGAACUUUUGUAAUCAACAGAAAAAACAAAGACAGGAAAUUUCUUGCUUUGGCAUUUAUUGAGAAUCAGAACUUGGUAGUAAAAUGAUUUUUAUACUUA